CUCUUCUCUCAUCACGCCACCUGGACUGUACACGAGGCCAGCUAAGGACGCAACGGGGAGAGAGAAGGGACAGCGACUGUUACGAAGGCAGAGCAGAGCAAACGACUCACACUGAGGAUAAGCGUUGAUCUGAGCCGGCAGGGCUGAAGGCUCAGCCAGCGGCACUGCAGAGGCACAACAGCACCGUGGGCUCUGCUGCGAGAGGCGAGACCGGAGCUGGGCUUGGACAGGGUCAGAACCAUGCGGUCCCGCAGCAACAGUCUGGAGGACGUAACCAAGGCCAAGCAGCCUGCAGACGCUCGCAAGCGAUCUGCAGAGCGGGAGGAGCCCUCAGGACGGGCGGAGCGGCGCAGUCGACACCGGGAGCCACCAGAUGACACCGGCACCGUUCAGCGGAACCACAAAACCACCAAGAACAACAGCAGCGCCGCUGGGACCAGUGCUGCAAAGGGCGGCCGGCGGGAGAAGGGCAGGGACCUGUCCAGAGACGACCUCGUCUUUCUGCUGAGCCUGCUGGAAGGAGAGCUGCAGGCCAGAGACGAGGUGAUCACAGUGCUGAAGGCAGAGAAAAUCGACUUGGCCCUGCUCGAGGCCAAAUAUGGUUUUGUUACGCCACAGAAGGUCCUGCAGGCCCUGCAGAGGGACGCUAUCCAGGACAAGACCGACGUCUUCCAGGAAGACAUCUAUGAGAAGCCCAUGGUGGAGCUGGACAAGCUGGUGGAGAAGCAGAGGGAGACACACCGGCGGAUGCUGGAGCAGCUGCUGAUGGUUGAACAGUCACACAAACAGGCCUUGUACAAACUGGAGGACGAGAAGAGGAACCACGGAGAGUUCAUGAAGAAGAGCGACGAGUUCACCAACCUGCUGGAGCAGGAGCGAGAGAGGUUAAAGCUGCUAAUUGAUCAGGAGAAGGCCUACCAAGAACGGAAAGACGAAGAGAACAACAAAAAGGUUGCAAGUCUGAAGGAGGAGCUGACAAAACUCAAGUCGUUUGCGUUGAUGGUCGUGGAUGAACAGCAGCGUGUCACUGAGCAGCUGAGUCAACAAACAGCCAAGGUCCAAGAACUGAGCGCCAGUUCUUCACAAGCCCAGGAGGAGCUGAGCUCAGCGAAUGCUCGUCUGCAGGAAGAGGAGCAAAAGGUCUUUCGAUUGGAGGGUGAGCUGCGUGACCAAGCCGGUCGAUACCAUCAGGAACAAGACACGAUGACGGCAAAGCUGACCAGCGAGGACGCUCAGAACCGGCAGCUGCGGCAGAAGCUGUCCACCCUCAGCAGGCAGCUGGACGAGCUGGAGGAGACCAACAAAACCCUGCGCAGGGCCGAGGAGGAACUGCAGGAACUGAGAGACAAAAUUAGCCGUGGCGAGUGUGGAAACUCCAGCCUCAUGUCAGAGCUCGAAGAACUACGGAAACGAGUACUUGAAAUGGAGGGAAAGGACGAAGAGCUGAUCAGAAUGGAGGACCACUGCAGGGACCUGAAUAAGAAACUGGAGAAAGAGGCCAAGCAAAGCCACUGCCUGAAAGCUGAAGUCGAUAAACUGAAUCACAGAAUCAUGGACUUAGAAAAGCUGGAGGAUGCAUUCAGCAAGAGCAAACAGGAGUGCAGCUCACUCAAAAGCAACCUGGAGAAGGAGAGGAUGGUGUCAAAGGUGCUGACAAGUGAGCUGGAAGCCCUGAAAGUCAGAGUGAAAGAGCUGGAGGCUGCUGAGAGCCACCUGGGAAAGACUGAGCUGACACUGAAGGAAGAUCUGACCAAGCUAAAGACUUUGACAGUCAUGUUGGUGGACGAGAGAAAGGCGAUGGCAGAGAAGCUGAAGCAAAUGGAGAACAAGGUCCAGAACAGCACCGGCAAACUUCAGGCUGAGCAGGACAAAGUCACGUCAGUCACAGAGAAGCUGAUUGAAGAAAGCAAGAAGGCGCUGAGAUCAAAGGCUGAGCUGGAGGAGAAAAUGUGCAGCGCUACAAAGGAAAGGGAUGACUUGAAGGCCAAGCUGAGAGCUGAGGAGGAGAAGAGCAAUGAUUCAGAGUCUAAGAUCAAUAUGAUGAAGAAAAGGCUGCAAUCGCUGGAGACAAUUGAGAGAGAAUACCUCAGAAACAAAGCCAAAGAGGAGCACAUCAAAGCCCCCGUUGCUAACCGCUUCCAACAGGAAGACAACAAAGUCAAGGAUCUGACACAGGAAGUGGAACGCCUCCGACGCAAACUGAAGGACAUGAAAGUGGUGGAAGGUGAUUUAUUAAAGACAGAGGAGUUUGAGUCGCUGGAGAAAAGAUUCACCAACGAACAAGAGAAAGCUAAAGCCCUGAUGGAGGAGCUUGAAAUAUCCAGAAAAGAGCUUUCAAAGUACCAACUGGCUGAAAAGAAGGAGUGCAACCAGGAGCACGUUCUUUAUAAACGCCUGAAGGAGGAGGAGGCAAAGUCCAGUCAUCUGACCCGAGAGGUAGCCGCUCUGAAAGAAAAGAUUCAUGAAUACAUGGGAACAGAAGAGUCCAUCUGCCGCAUGAAAACUGACCACUCGAGCCUGCAAAGAAAGCUGACCCAGCAGGAGGUCCGGAACAAAGAGCUGGCCAGAGAGAUGGAGACGCUCACUCGAGAGCUGGAACGAUACAGACGAUUCAGCAAAAGUCUGCGCCCAGGCAUGAACGGAAGGCGCUUUUCAGACCUGCACGUUGCCACCAAGGAGGUUCAGACGGACCCACAUGACCUCAUGUCUCCCGGCUGCAACACGAUGGCACCGCUGGAGCGGGCCGUGGUCAACGGGAAGCUGUACGACGAGAGCGAACCCGAAGAGAACGCAAACUACAGCAACGAGCUUCAGCUCACCAAAUGCAGCCCCUCGCUCAUCAAUAACGUCAACAAUCUAAACAACAACUUGAAAAGAGCACGAACCCCCUUCCUCAAAAACAAAGACAUCCCCCAUCAGGUGAACGGCAAGAUGCAACCGCGGCAGAACGGCAACCACGCGCAGCCCGGAGACGUCGUGCUGACCCACAGUCCUGGGCAGCCGCUGCACAUCAAAGUGACUCCUGACCACGGACACAACACAGCCACACUGGAGAUCACCAGUCCCACCGCAGAAAACACCCCGUCAUUCACCAGCACCGCCGUCAUACCCACCAGCGGAGGUCCACCCAAGCAGAGAAUCACCAUCAUCCAGAACACGUCCAUGUCCCCCACCGCAAAGUCUGUUUCCCCAACAGCAAAAUCCAAGUGUUCCCUUGUGUCCGAAGAGCCCUGUUCACCAGACAGGGCCCUGUCCCCCUUCACCAUGGCCACGUACUCCCGAGCAAUAACCCCAGACUCCUGUGGCUCAGCCACACCGGACAGGGCCAUGUCACCCAUACAGAUCGUAUCAGUGACCACGGGCACGCCUGAGCGCGCUCUGGCCACGGAGCCGGUGGAGGUUGUUGGAGGACACGCCGUCUUCCGAGUGACCCCCGAGAGGCAGAGCAGCUGGCAGGUCCAGAGGUCCAACAGCUCAGGGCCCAACCUCAUCACCACGGAGGACAACAAAAUCCACAUUCACCUGGGGAGUCCGUUCAUUCAGAGCAUCAGCACUCCGUCUCAAACGCUGAGUCCCUGUCACACGCCUGGACUCCAGGAGCAAAGGACUCCGGUGCUCGCAAACUGCAGCCCUCCCACUGCUAAAGGCAGCAGCAAAAUAACCAGUAGCAUCAUGAUUAAGCCCACCUCCACCCCAAUCCAAAGGCCAUCACAAAUUACAGUAAGUAAUGCCUAUGACUGAUCCGAUAACCCCCAAACCCUCCAUCCCAUCCUUCAAGUCGUGCCCAUGAGAUUCAACCCCUUAGUCCCUGAUACCAACUGUACCCUAAUACAUGUCUGUUUACUUCAUUUAUGUGCCUAAACAGGUGAAUGUUUUGGUUUUCUUUGCUUGGUUUGCUCGGUUCUGUGUGAAAAGUUCAGAAAUUGUUUGCCUGCAUGAAAAAAAAAAAGAAAUAGAAGUCUUGAUUGAAUCUGACAUCACACCAGGUUUAACUUAUGUGCACUUACUGUAUUGUACUCAAUGGCUCACUGGCCAUGCAGUCAGACUAUCCACACUGAUGUAUCAUACCAGUUUUAUAUUUCAUACUCCACAUACUGCAUUAUGACUAAGUUGUUUGACUUCCUGAGAAUUAAAGUGUGCAACACAAAGUGUAUGUUUUAGUCUGU